UAAGUGUAUUUUUUCAUAGUACAAGUCAGUUUAUUGUGGAUGUCACCAGAUUUAUAUCAUUAAAUAUUUCCCUUCCUAAUCAUGUGUAUAUUUUCAUGGUCCAGUCAACUAUAUAGCUCAUGGGACUGGGAAGUAUUAAUGUUGUUGUUAUUUUUAACUGGGAUUUCAGGGCUGCAAGGAUUUAAUUCAAAAUGAAAAUCAUUGCACAAUAUUUUGUAACUAAAUAAAUUCUAGAUCAACAUUAUACAAGCUUGGGUUUAUUUUUAGCUGCUUAUAUAUUAAAAAUGAGUGAAAAGAAAAUUCAUGGAUACAAGUCUCAUGGACAAAGACGCUACCGAAAAUCUGAAAUAAAUUUAGCAUUGUUUUUAUUUCAAAGUUCCCAUCAAGGAAACCACCAAGACUUGAACGAUGUAAUAUUUUCUGACAAAAUUAAAAGCGAGAAAAGGUGGCUUGUGUUGAAUGCUCGAGAUGCUGAAGGAAUGCCGAUUCUUAUUAACUGUUUAAAAGGAUCAAGACAAAAAGAAUCUGAAUCUGAUCAUUUGGAAUGCAUGAAAAUAUUAGUAUCCACUGGAAUCCCUCUUGAUUCAAAGGAUGCACAAGGCAAAACUGUUAUUCACUGGGCUGUAGAAUUUGAAAAGAUUAAGAUUUGCACUUACUUGCUUCGGCAGGGAGCACCUUCAAAUACUUUAGACAAUAGCAAACUCACACCAAUGCAUGUUGCCAUUAACCAGUCCUCAGAAGUGUUUGUAAAAAUGCUUUGUGAAAUUGGUGCUCCGGAGGUGCUAGAAACAGUAGAUAACAUGGGGAGAACACCAUUGUGUAAUGCAAUGUUUAGCAAUCUAUCCAAUAUAUUUCUUCAGCUGCUAACGGCUGGAGCUGAUGCCAACGGCUUAACAAAUGAUGGAAAAUGUUUGCUUACCCACACAAUUGAAAAUAACAAUUACGAGUUUCUGAAUAUGCUGCUCAAGCAUAAGGCCAAGCUAUUUCCUAAUGGUGCCAACCAAUUCAAUAAUAUCCACUUGGCUGCAAUACAGAAAGAUCCUUCAAGUCUACAAACCAUUGCAUCUUAUUGUACCAAUGUUGAAUUACAGUGCAUGGACAAUAAUGGCAAAACACCACUCAUGUAUGCUGUACAGAAUGGUCUGCAUGAAAAUGUCACUACUUUAUUAAGUGCAAAGGUGGAUGCUGCAUUGUGUGACAAUGAAGGUAAAACAGCUCUCCAUUAUACAAGCCAGAAUGUUGAUACAACUUGCGUUGAUCUGUUACUGUCAUAUGAUAAAACAAUAUUGAAUAAAACUAAUUAUAUGCUUCGUUCUGCAAUUCACUUUGCGAUCAUGAAUAAUAACCAAGUUGUGGUACGAUCGUUGUUAGAUCAUGGAGCAAGCAUAAACAUACUGGAUAGUGAAGGAUAUACUCUCAUUCACUAUGCAGCUGAGUAUUCAGCUGCAGCAUGUCUGGCAGAAUUAAUCAGCGUUGGCUUAUCUGUCAAUAUUCCUGAUCAUCACAAUGUUUACCCCGCCCAUUAUGCAGUUCGAUUAGAAGAACGCGAAAAUCCACAAACCAAGGCGGUUUUCCUGAAAAAGCUUGUUGAAAGUGGUAUUGUUCUAAAUGUUGUGGAUGGUCAGGGUUUGCAACCAAUUCACUGGGCAGUCUGUAUGGGUUUCACAAGUGCUUUGAAAAUUUUAUUAAUCGAGAAUGUCGAUGUUAACGCAGAGACAACAGAGGAACGCUUCAAUUGUCUUCACCUUGCGUGUAACUCGUCAAAAUUGGAGUGCUUGGAAUUGCUGUUACAACAACCGUCAUUGAAGAUUGAUCAAGUUGACAGUCGAGGUUACACGCCAUUGAUGACUGCUUGUGGUUUGAAAGUUCCAAAAUUUACAGAAUUUUUACUCAAUGCUGGUGCCGAUCCGGACCAUCAGGCGUUGGACGGGAAAACACCAGCUCACGUGGCUUCUGCGAACGCGCCAGUUGACUGCUUGUGGUUGUUGUCUCUGAAGAAAGCAAAUUUCGACGUGAAGAGCAAUGAUGGCGAAACACCAAUACAUGUUGCUUGCAUGAACCCUGACGAAGCUUGCAUUCGAUUUUUGUUAACACGAAAGUGCGAUGUUAACGCUGCACAAAACAAUGGUUUGACAGCGCUGCAUAUUGCCGUGACUGGUAAAAAUUCACACAGGGCAAGCCUGUUGCUACAACAUGGCGCGAAAUGUGACGUCAUCUUGUACGGAAAGGAGAAACACACACCUUUGGAUAUAGCCUUGGAGAAUGGCGAUCACAAAUGUAUUACGUUAUUACAAAGUUACGGUGCACGAACGUCGUACUGCAUACUCAGCAACGCAGCCAUUGCAAUUCAACAUCUAUGGAAACGUUACAAGAAAAGAAAGAAGACAUCACGACACGGCGUGCCUUUUAUUAAUACAAGUAGUAUGUGUACAUCAUCUAAUGCCAGUGAAAGCGUCAGCGUGAUGGGAAUGCAGAAACAAUACAAACAUACGACAUUGAUACAAGACGUGAACAAUACUUCUGAACACGCCUGGGUAAAUAAAGCUCCAGUGGAAGAGGGUAAACCAAAUGUAAAUGUUUCUCCGCCGCAGUGCUUAAAGUGUGGUAAAUUUGGAGUGCACCAUAGUCGCGUUAUUGGAGAAGAAAAUGAAAAAGUUUUUUCGGAGAGGAUUGCACGAGGGGAGCGGGAAAUACAAUUGAUGCGACAGUUGAUGAAAGAAGCGGAACAAAUGUUGGUGCGUGCUAACCACGUGACUGAAGAAGCAGACAGUAUCAUUAACAGUUCGGCGUUUCGUUUGAUCAAACAGUCGAAUAAAGAAUACAUCGAAGAGAAACGCAAAAAACAACAAUUAGCUCCCAUCGUUAGAUAAAUCAACUGUUAUCAAACCAUGCACUAUAAACAUUUAAACAAAUCUUCAACAGGAGAGUAAAUUCUGAAGGCCUAAAUACUGAAAUAUUUAAAUGCUAAUAUGUAUUUAUUGCUGAAUUAAUUAACAAUGAACUACUUCCUUCAUUCAAAUGGAGCUCGUUCAAAGAUUAUUAUAUUCGAAUCGUCAAGUUUAUACAUAACAAGAUUUGUAUUCUGAAAUUUCCAGAAUUUCCUGAUCAGUCAUAAAAAUAUCCAGUUAAAGUUUUAACUGUUAUUUUAGAAUACUUCAUAUAGCUAUGUAAAAAUUUUGUUUUAUUUUUUAUUUAUUAGAUUGUAUUUUAACAUUGCAGGUUAGUUACAAUAAUAAUUGAGAAUUGGGAA